GGGAGGGGGGCGGAGGGGGAAGUAAGCGUUAGUGCCUGAGCUGAGCUAGUGUAGUAGUUUCAGCUUUACAGCGUGGCAACGCUGCCAAUUGCGGACGAAUGGCCUGCCUUUAAGCGCAGAGAAGACUUAUUUCCUCGCCAAAUACGCACGGCGGUAACUCAUACGAAAAGCACUUAAGGAGUAACGAGCCCAUAUCGGCGACAAUCUGCUGGUGUUUGGCAUUAUUCGUCGACGGUGAAGGAGGCAGCUUGAUACGGAUAGAGCGACACAACUCCGGGUCAUUCGGUCCUGAAAUGGACACAGGAAUUGUACCUGAAAAGAAACGGGUGAGCUCGGAGCGAAGGAAGGAGAAGUCAAGGGAUGCGGCGCGAUGUCGGCGCGGGAAGGAGUCGGAGGUGUUUUACGAACUCGCCGAACAGCUGCCGUUGCCUCACAGUGUCAGCUCCAGCUUAGACAAGGCCUCUGUCAUGAGGCUCACAAUCAGCUACCUGCGCAUGAGGAAAUUGCUCGGCACUGAUGAGCUGAAAGCAGAGGAAGAGAGCGAGUUGGACACACAGUUGAACAGCUCCUAUUUAAAAGCUCUGGAGGGCUUUCUCAUGGUGUUGUCAGAAGAUGGCGAUAUCAUUUAUCUCUCUGAGAAUGUUAACAAGUGCCUUGGCCUGGCACAGUUUGACUUGACUGGACACAGCGUGUAUGACUUCACACACCCUUGUGACCAGGAGGAGCUGAGGGAGAUGCUGGUUCACAGAACAGGCUCCAAAAAGGCAAAGGAACCAAACACAGAGCGCACCUUCUUCCUUCGAAUGAAGUGCACACUCACUAGCCGGGGCCGCACUGUCAAUGUCAAGUCUGCUACAUGGAAGGUGCUCCACUGCGCCGGCCAUGUGCGCUUACACAGUGGCCUCAAUGAGCAGACUGCCGAGGACCACAAGGAGCCACGGGUUCCUUAUCUGGUGUUGAUCUGUGAUCCUAUUCCACACCCUUCCAACAUUGAGGUCCCUCUGGAUGCCAAGACGUUUCUCAGUCGCCACACAAUGGAUAUGAAGUUCACAUAUUGUGAUGAGAGAAUUACUGAGCUUUUGGGAUAUGACCCAGAGGACCUGUUGGAUCGUUCUGUGUACGAGUACUAUCACGCUCUCGACUCAGACCACCUCACCAAGACUCAUCACAACUUGUUUGCAAAAGGCCAGGUUAGCACAGGCCAAUACCGGAUGCUGGCCAAGAGAGGAGGGUUUGUGUGGGUGGAGACACAAGCAACUGUCAUCUACAAUAAUAAGAACUCUCAGCCACAAUGUGUGGUCUGUGUCAACUUUGUUCUCAGCGGCAUCCAGGAAGAGAAACUGAUCUUGUCUCUGGAGCAGACAGAAGAUGUCAAGCCUGUAAAAGAGGAGCAGCAGGAUGACGGAAAGGUUGUUGUGGAGAACUGCCCACUGGAGAAGUCGGCAACCCUGCUGAAAAAGAAGGAGAAAGAGGAGGAAAAGGCCGCGGAGCUGGAUGUCAUCAAGCUGUUUACACAAACGCCUGAGCCAAAGCCAGUGACCAGCUUGUAUGAUCAGCUGAAGGAAGAGCCCGAGGCCCUGACUCUGCUGGCCCCAGCAGCUGGAGACACCAUCAUCUCCCUGGACUUCACCUGCCCUGAUUCUGACAUUCAGCUGCUGAAAGACGUGCCUCUCUACAAUGACGUGAUGCUUCCUGCCACUAGUGAAAAGCUGGCAUUGCCUCUUUCCCCUCUGCCGCCCAGUGAGCCCCUCGGUGUCGAUGUCGCCGCUGUGAAUGGGAAAAGUGAAAACUAUGCCCGACCCACAGCCACGUCAACAACCAGCCACAGCACAGCAGAGGUUACUCCUCCUCUGGAUUUUUGCUUAACCAUGGACCCGGACAUCUCUGACUUCAAACUAGACUUAGUGGAGAAGCUUUUUGCCAUUGAUACACAACCCAAGACCCCCUUUACCACACAGACAAUGGAGGACUUGGACCUAGAAAUGUUGGCUCCCUACAUCCCCAUGGAUGACGACUUCCAGCUGCGCAGUGUGAGCCCCGAACAGCCACUGUCUUGCGGACCUGUCAAAUCCCUCGAGAACUCCCCUGCCCAAGCCACGCAGGAUCUCCAUAACUAUCUCGGCCUGCCUGUCAGUACGCCAGGUGGUGGCAGCACUUCCCCGGCACCACCCGAGUCAGUUUCUGCUCCCCCCACUUCCUCUGUCUUCAUUAAGAGAACACCACAAUUGGACAAGGAAGCGUCCCUCCGCACCCUGGCAGCUCAAAAUGCACAGCGCAAAAGAAAACUGGAUGACAUAGGAGAAAUUGUUGGCCAGGAAACUUUGCCCAUGGAAAAUGUGGAACAAGGGAAAAAACUGAAGGCUGAGUUGGGCACAAUCCAAACUGUACUUCUGCUGCCUUCAGAUUUGGCGAGUUGCCUGUUAGGCAGCACAUCAGACGCCACCUCAUCACUGUUGAACCUGCCGCAGCUCACCCGCUACGACUGCGAGGUCAACGCCCCCUUGCAGGGCCGCCAGUAUUUGCUGCAGGGGGAGGAGCUUCUGUGUGCGUUGGACCACACCAACUGAGUCCGCUUUGGGGCUUUACUGGACACUACAGUUUCUCCUACUCAUUUUCCUGCCCCCCCCGGUCCUCUUAUUUAUGUAUCUAAAUACGUCCACCUCCAGUUUGGCUGCUGUUUGCGCGCACAUAUUAAGUCCAUAGCAUUCCACUGUGGCAAACGCCAUAGCAGCAUCUCCGUCACCAUGAGGGAUUCCGGUAUCACGAGUUUCCAGUUUGUUGAUUCUCCUUGUUUCCAUUUCUCUCCUCCUCUGAGUCUCUCAGCACACGGCACCUCUCAGAUAACCUUUUCCAGCAGGUCACAAGAACCUGGCGCAACUGCCAGCAGCGUAUUGUAAGCUUCAGUCGCACAAUUUAUAUUUUCUUAAGAAGAAAACUAUUACCAGCAAUAUAUAUUAAGCCUUUUUAAACUAGUUUUGAUUGGAUUUGAACAGUUUUAUUUUUUGUUCCCAUGCUUGUAUGUCUUAACAUCUGUAGUCCACAAAUAUGAACGUUUAAACCUCCAGUGGUUCGAAUGUUGGCUCCAAUUAUUUAGUCUUUGAAUACAUUUGUGUAGCAGUCCAGUACAUCAGUCACUUUAUGAAUUUACUGUAUGCGUUAUUGUAUGUACUGUAUACCACCGAAAUUCACUCUGUAUGACUUCUCAUACUCAGCUCUGUCAAAAUGAAAUAAGUAACCUGGUUUGCUUUGCUUCACAUUGCUUUUUCUCAAUCAACCACAGCCUGGGUGUUUUGUAAUGUGUGAUACUUAAAAUGGAAAUAAGAGGGAUCUGAACCUGCUGCAUUUUACUAAUGUGAGCAUAACUACAUUGAUUUGUCCAACAUCGCUCAGUUAAUUGUAGUCUAACUGUGAUCAAGUAAUCAAACAUACCAUGCUUCUUGUUGCUGUCUAACAUUAAAUGGCUGUCUUAUAA